UGCCCCACAGACCCGCGGCUCAGCACCGUGUCGCAGGGGCGCUCCAUCAACCUGGCCAUGUCGCGGCGCGCGCGGGCCGCCCUGGCGCUGGUGGGGCUCGAGGGAGAGCUGCUGCGCCACGGCAUCCCCAUGCGCGCCAGGAUGAUCCACGGCCCGGCCGGCGACACCCGGGAGAUCCCCUACGACCAGCGCACCGGCCAGUGUAUCUACUCGGUGGGGCGCAAAUUCCUCAACGACGUCCUCCUGUCAGCCGCUGAGAAGAACCCCCACGUCAGGCUUCACUUUGGACACAAGAUGACGGGCGGCGACCUGGACGAAGGGCGAAUCGAGUUUGAAAGGGCGGACGGCGGCGCCGGAACGGUGCAGGCCGUCGGGGACCUCGUGGUGGGCUGUGACGGCGCCUACUCGGGCGUGCGCCGACUCUUCAUGAAGAAGCCCAUGUUCAACUUCAGCCAGACGUACAUCGAGCACGGCUACAUGGAGCUCAGGAUACCUCCAACGGACGACGGCGAGUUCGCCAUGCCGCCCAACUUCCUGCACAUCUGGCCGCGAGGGGAGUUCAUGAUGAUCGCGCUGCCGAACCAGGACCGCUCGUGGACGGUGACGCUCUUCAUGCCGUUCGCGCAGUUCGAGGCCGUCACGACGGACCGCGAGCUGCUGACCUUCUUCGGCAAGCACUUCGCCGACGCGGUCCCCCUGCUCGGCGAGGAGGCCCUCGUCCGGGACUUUUUCCGCUCCAAGCCGCAGCCCCUCGUGUCCAUCAAGUGCGGGCCGUACCACGCGGGCCGCACGCUGCUGCUGGGGGACGCGGCCCACGCCAUGGUGCCGUUCUUCGGGCAGGGCAUGAACGCGGGCUUCGAGGACGUGCGCCUGCUGGCGGGCCUGCUGGACGCCCUGGGCGGCGCCGGCGGGGACCUCCCCGCCGUCCUCCGGAGGUUCUCAGAGCACCGAAACCCCGACGCCGAGGCCAUCUGCGACCUCGCCAUGUACAACUACAUAGAGAUGCGCGACCUGGUGAACCGGCCCACUUUCCUGCUCCGCAAGAAGCUCGACAACGCCUUGUACGCGCUGCUGCCCGACGUGUGGGUGCCGCUGUACAACGCAGUCACCUUCUCCGACAUGCGCUACUCAGAGUGUGUGCGCAACAGGAUGUGGCAAGAUCAGGUGAUCAGAGGCUUCUUUCUGACUCUGCUAGUCUUUGGCUUAAUCCUCAUAUUAACAGUCUUUUUAAGGUCGUGAACAACAAUGUGUAAAUGAGCCACUAAAAUCAAUUUUCAUCUUUGUGGCUUAACGGGGAUUUGGUGUGAAUACUUCAAAUACCUCCAGUAUUAUGAUUCAUUCCAAAUAGAAAGAUACCAUUGGGAAAAUACUUUUUUUUAAUAAGUUGAGCUAGUAUAAAUAGAACACCAAACAAAACAGAUCAACAAUAAAGUACAUAAAAAAGGGGAAACCAUA